AUGCCUGCAACACCUUGCGCUGCUAGGAAGCAGCAGAUCACUCUGGCGCAAUUGUCGUCCUAUGACGACAUCCUAACCGAUGCGCUUGUAGAUCAUGCCUACUACUGGACGACCAUUCCGAAGAAUCGAAUCUCUUACCAUCCCUCGCGAGGUGUCACCGAGUCGAAAAUUGCGAAGAUCAUUCAAUCCCACCUGAUCGUCGAACCGGACAUCGAACUCGCCGAGACCAAGCUGCUUGCGACGGAAGGCCUCCGCAGAUUCCACAAUGGGCUCAAGACACCCAAGGAGAAGGACGACUUCCGUGCCCACCUCCGACGCUACAUGCGACUCUACCUACCCGACUGCCCCUUCGAGGUCAGCUCGACCAAUCGCUACACCAUCAUGAGCCACGAGGCAGCCAUAACUGCGCGCAAGUUCAUCAAGCGGGGGCAGCCGGUCAAGUACCUUGAGGGCAUCCAGGUCAUGAUUACCGAGAAGGAGGAUCGGGAACUUUCUAAGAGAAAGAAGGACUUCAGCAUCGUUGUCAGCGCCAGAAACAAGUGCGCUUCGCUGUUCAUGGGACCUGCACGAUUCGCCAACCACGACUGCGGCGCCAACGCACGCCUGACGAUUACUGGUCACACAGGCAUCGAAAUCGUCGCAACGCAGAAUAUCGAAGUGGGCGACGAGAUCACGGUAUCAUACGCGGACAACUACUUCGGAGAGGACAACUGCGAGUGCUUGUGUAGCACGUGCGAGGAGAACGCCGUAAACGGAUGGGCGCAGCCAGAAGGCGGUGCUGUGCUAAACAAGAGCGUCGAGGAGGUGGUUGCAGAGGGAUACUUUUUGCGCCGCAGAAGCAACCGGGAAGACAGCUGCGCAUCAGCGUCUCGCACCCCUUCCGUCACCCCCGACAUUCGACCCAGAAUCCGUAAGACUCGACCGAAGGCACCUCGCGUGGACUCCGAGGGAGCGCCUAUAACCAAUUCACCCGUACCCCAGAAUUUGCUUCGUCAGAAGCGCAAGCGCGAGAUCGAGUCCCUCCAGUCUCCGCCGGUCACUCCGGCCAAAAAGCUCAAGAUGGCCCAGUACGAAGUACAGCCUAUCCCCAUGUCUGGGACAUUAUCCCGACGCAGCAGCGAUGAUAUCUCGGCUAGCGGGCAGUCUUCGUCGGAAUCAGGAAGCGCGGACAUGGCCAUGACUGAUGCGACAACCCCAGAGGAAGACCCCAAGGAGCCGGGCCUUUCGUCACCGGCACUGACACCAACCAGGCUGCUGUUACAGGUACUGAAGCAAGAAGAGUCAGAAACCUCCUCGCUAUCUGAACUUGCCUUCACCCCGUCUGAGGUCGCUUGUGAUGAGAACCCUGUCGCAGAGGCACCUUUACCCACCAUUGAGACAACUCAAGCUGCUGAGCAAAUCUCUGCCGUCCUUCCCAUCAACCCUGCCGUUGUGGAGCUGUCGUCUGUUGAGCCCAUCACUCUACCGUCUCCCAUUGCACCAGUGCCCAGUGAGGAUGUUGCUGUUCUUCCUCCUUCUGCCCUCUCAACCGCAGAGUCUGCUGUCAAAGAGGAACCUGAACGUGGCCGACCUCGCAGAGGCAGACCCCGAAAGGGCGAAGAACGCAAGGUGGUCGCUAUCGCCGAGGUAACUCCCACCCAGAUCCGCAAGCGUACCCCGGGCGAUUACCAACUUACUCCGGCUCUACUAUUCGAGCCCAACACCGCUUGGAUUCAUUGCACCAUAUGCAACGACCCCUUCGUCCAGCAGAACGCCUAUUACACGCGGAGUUCCUGCCCCAGAUGCGAGCGUCAUUCCAAGCUCUAUGGUUACCAGUGGCCCAAGACCGAGAAGGAGGGCCCGAAUGACAAGGAGGAACGGAUUCUUGACCAUCGCCUUGUUCACCGGUUCUUGACUGCUGAUGACGAGGCCAAGAUUCGUGGCCGCAGACCUCCGUCUAGCUACCUCAAGCCCGCCACCGCUCUCGUUGUUGUGGAAGGCGAGGCACCCGUUAAGCGAGGCCGAGGCCGACCCAGGAAGUAUCCUCUUCCGCAACUUGUACUGCCCGCAGCGCCGGCGCAGCUCGAUCCAGACGCAGUUGCAGAAGAUGAGGACGAGGACGAAGGUGACUCCGGCAGCACCAGACGCAGCGGACGCAGAAGACAACCGAGCCUGAAGGCGGCCGGGUGCUAG